ACAUUCGAAUAAUUUCAGGUCUUAGGAACCGUAGAAAUUGAUAUUGUCAAGAAUUUUCAUUUUUUAAAAACACUAAUUUGAAGCGUUACAAAAUUUACUUAAUCAUGAAUCCAUCUGACAAUAAUCAGCAUUACGGUAGCUACAACCCUGCACCUCCUAGUCAGGAAUCGUAUGCCGUGUACUCUCCGCCGUCGCAGUCUUACCAGCAACAAUUUCCACAGCAAGGAUUCGUCUCGUCCCACCACCAUUCUGUUCCCGACAAUAACCCCGGUCAGACGCUAAACAUGUCUCGCAUGACAACUCCAGGACUAUAUCAACAUACUCAACCGUCAGCAAUUCAACAACCCAACACAGGUUCCUUUCCGGCGGGUGGCAUCCAAUAUUUCAUGGACGCCGCCUGUACGGUUCCGGCCGGUUCGUUGCCCCAUCAACCGCAAGCUUUGAAUCAGUUCCCGCCCCACCAGCAACGGGCUCUGAUGUCACAGGCGGCUUCGCUGUCCCAACCAGAGCGCACGUUGUCCAAGCAAAGCCAAUGUGUCAAUCCAAACUGUACCCACUGCUGCAAGCCCCAGACGGCGCCGGCCGGACCAAAUCCCCGACGACAGUAAACUAGUGGCUUGUUGAAUCAAACAUAUUUUCAAUAAAUUUUGUUUUUUUACUUGGC